AAAAAAGAACUGUCAAAGUCAGAUGUUCACAUCUGUCAUAUUUUAUCAUCACCAAGCAAAAGGAGAAUAAUGAGAGAAAAUUAAUUAGAUUAUAAAAUAGUAGAUAACAUGUUUUUAUAAUUCAUCAGGAGUUCGAAACAUUAAAGAUGUUCUCCUUGGGAGGGCAGCGAGUCUUACAUAAGUGUCUCAAGAUUUUGAGGUUAAAUAUUGUCGACUUCAGCAGCCUACCUGAUAUUAAGAAUCUUAACAUAGUCAGGACUGUGGAGAAAACAAUAGAUAAUAAUACAAGCAUAUUCGUUGAGAGUCCUAUACACGUGAAAGUUCAGCCUAUCGAUGUUAACGACUUAAAAGCACAUAACAAAUUGAUUAUGACUCUUUAUAGCCAAGGCAAAGAUACAGCUGAUUUCCAAGUGAAGCAAACAUCUAAGCGUUUGGAACUGCUUAAUAAGAAUACCUCUCCAGAUAGGAACGAUGUAUGUUUAAUACAAGUUCCGUAUCACUUGAAAGUGCAGGUGACAACCACAGAUCAAGCAUCUGUGCAUUUAUCUAAGUUGGAAAGCGAAGAAUUCGUUGUAAAGACUGAGAAAGGGAUCGUCAAAGUUGCUGACUUGAAAGCACAGAAUAUCAAAGUGGAAAGUUCAGAGGGUGAGGUGCACACAGAGGGGAGAUUACAAGCAAGCAAUAUAGAAUUGAAAACUGGUUUGAAUUCCGGUAUACAUUGUCACAAUAUCAUGGCCAAUUCAUUUGUUGUAACAACACAUGCAGGCCCAAUAAGUGUCAAGUCAUGUUACAGUGAUAAGUCGCAUUUCACAACACUCAAGGGCAACAUAAGACUUGAUCAUUUACAUAGAUCAGUGAUAAUUGAUGUGAUACAACAAGGAAACUUGUACAUCACAGGAUUCUCUGGAAACCUUCAGGCAUCACUGAAGAGUGGUGAAGUCUUUAUGCAUGCAUCACAAUUGACUGACAAAAGCAGUAUAUUCAUUCAUGAAAAAGGCAAAGUUGAAUUAUUAAUUCAUGACAUAUUAAAAAAUUUACCUGCAACAAAUUUGAUAGCUGACAAAAUAAAAGUUGAUGACAAAAUCAUGAAGCUUGGCAGGUUUAUGGAUGGGUCAUAUCCGAAAAGGUUUAGGUUUGAAGGGGAGCCCCACAAUGAGUUGCAUAUAGUCUGUAAGAAUGGCUCAAUUGAGUUGAAGGAGACAAACUUACCAUUUCUAGUAUAAUUAUAUCUUUAAUAUUACAUAAUAAAUUUCCCUUGUAUUGUUUGUAUAUGAAGGUAAUACAUGGCUGUUUAUUGUUUUAUUAAUAUCCAAUUUAUAUUAUUAAAUAUUUUUUGGAAGUAAGUUUUAAACGUAAUUAAAGAAAUACAAUUUAAAUGAACAAGUAAUGUCUGGUAAUUGUGUCUAUUGUAUGAAGUUAUGUUAAUAUAUGAAAAAAAUAACUGAUAACAUUAGAAAUAAAGUUUAAAAUUAUUAAUUAAUAUAGUCUGGUUUUAAAAUCUAUUAAUGGUAAUUACUAUUUUCCAUGAUCCAAAUUAAAUGUUAGAGACUAAUUGGUAGUAAAAUUAUGUGUAAUGUUACCUAUAUUGCUGUAUAUUUUAGAUUGAAUAUAGUAUAUAAUACCUUACUCGUGUUACAUAAAUAAUGCAUGAUCAUUUCUAUAACAAACGUAAUUGUAAUAAUAUUAUUAAAUUGUUAUGAUAUUGUAUUUAAAUAAUUAUUUAGAUGAUACUAAUCUUUAUAAUAAUAUAUUGCAUUUAAAUACUAUUGUAGAUCAGUCAAUUAAAAUUAACUUGUAUUUGGUUAAGAAAUGUACAACUAUCAAGAAUAAUGGAGUUGAUUCUGAUGCACCAUUUCUCUAUUUCUAAUAUUUGUGGUGUAAUGAUUAUUUCAUGGACUUUAUACCAGUUUAAUUUAUCCAGAUAAACUCAAUUUUUAGUACAUUUGUGUGAAAAUUGUGUCUAUACUAUGAUUACCAACUUUUUUUUUUUAACGUAAUGAGCAAACAAGCCAAACCCUAAAA